AUGACAUUUUUGAGACAGAAUUUAUUUCUGAAAGCUAGGGAUUUUCAGUUUCCUAUUGUAUCUUUUCUUUUUUUAAAAUUCUUCUGCCAAAAGUCAAUGACCGAAACUACCCUGUCCAUUUUUCUCCCAAUGUUUUAUCAAUUGAUACAUGCAACAGUUCUUCUCUUAUCUUCUCACGUUUCGUCUCUCCGAUUCAGUUCUCAAUCAGAAAUCUGUCUUCUAAUUUACUUGAUUCGCCCUUCUUCUAUUUUUAUCGGUCUGCUCUUUUGUUUUUUUUUUCUGCUAAACACGCUGCUCUGUUUCUCUGUGCCCUCUCCAAUCGGUCACUUUCUCUUCCCAUCUCUUCUUAUAUCUUGGACCAAACGACAACUGUCUUCGAGGAGAGAGUGUAGAAACAGAGACAGUUGCUAA